UGCAGGCAGGUGAGGUCUGGCUGAGCUGCAGUCAGUCGGCGUGAAGAUGAAGAUGAAGCUGGAGCUCUUCCUGCUCGUCACGGCGGUGGUGCGCGCUGCCGGCAAGCCGCCGAGCAAGGCAGCGGAGAGGAAGAAGCUGCUGCUCAUCUCGUUCGACGGCUUCAGGUGGGACUACGACCAGGACGUGGACACGCCGAACCUGGACCGGCUGGUAGAGGACGGAGUCAAGGCCAAAUACAUCACCCCCCCGAUGCUGACCAUGACCUCCCCGUCCCACUUCACCACCAUCACCGGCAGGUGGGUGGAGGAUCACGAAGUCGUCCACAACAUGAUGUUUAACGGCAAGACGAACCUAAAAGUUCCUCACAAACAGACUCUGAGCAGAUCAGAGUGGUGGGACAACGGAGUUCUGCCGUUAUGGAUCACAGCUCAGAACCAGGGUCUGAAAACUGCGUCCUUCCACUACCCGGGAGGUGGAGCCAACUACAGCGGCCAGGCUGUCAACCGAGCUCUGGUGGAGGAGUCUGGCCACCCGGACGACAAUGAGACAGAGUGGCGUCAGAACAUCGACAAGGUGAUCAGCUGGUUCUCCGACGAAGACUUCCACCUGGUGACGCUGUACUACGGCGAGCCAGACAACGUGGGCCACGCCAAGGGGCCGGACCACCCGGACAGGAAGAAGAUCAUCCAGCAGAUUGACCGCACCAUCGGUUACCUGAGGGAGGCCAUCAGUCGCAAUCACCUGACCGACAGCCUGAACGUCAUCAUCACCUCCGACCACGGCAUGACCACUGUGAAGAAGCGACCGCAGGUGGACGAGAUCAUCCUCAACAAAUACCUGAACUUACUCAAGCUCACCAGCUUUGAGAUCCUCGACUACGGCGGGUUCGGCAUCCUGACGCCGCGGCCGGGGAUGGAGCAGAAGGUAUUCGACGCUCUGUCCAACGCGCCCAAUCUGACGGUCUACAAGAAAAACGAGCUUCCUGAGAGCUUCCAUCUCGCCAAAAGUGAGCGGUUGCCUCCCAUAGUCAUCAUCGCAGAUCUGGGAUUCAACCUGAACUCUAGAUUAAUCGUCUACGUCAACAAAGGCGAUCACGGCUUCCAUAACGGAGAGAUGGACAUGAAGACCAUCUUCAGGGCCUUCGGACCAGACUUCAAGAAGAACUUCCUGUCCGAGCCAUUCGACAGCAUCCACAUCUACCCGCUGAUGUGUAAACUGCUGCAGAUCGAACCGGCGCCGCACAACGGGUCGCUGACUGUAACCGAGAACCUGCUGCAGCACAGCGGUGGAUCACAGAGAGCUCGACUGUCUGUCGCUCUGCUGCUGUCGAUGCCGCUCUUCAUGUUCACUGUGCUGUAACAGAUCCAGGAUCAGACCUACGGAUCCAGGAUCCGCUUCCAUCACCUCAUCUGAAACAUCUGCUUUUAUGGGUUUUAAAUCUUGUCCACAUCCCUGUGCUCCGACUUCACAACAGUAUAUCUAGGUGAACUAUUAUGUGUAAUAUUUAUACACAAUACUAACUUCAUAUCGUAUGUUAUGUUGCUGUGAGUAAUUUACUGGUUUAUCCUGGUGCAGUCGAUGCGUCUGAUGAACGUCAGCUGUUAGUGUUUGUGCAGAUUUCUGCCUGCAAGAACACAACAAACUGUAUGAACCGUCUUAACUGCAGUUUUCCAGCGGCGGUUAUAUCUUUGUAUAUUUAAAUUUGUUUAAAAGGAAAACAAAGAAAAAUGCAGCUUCCUCAGAAUAAAAAAAAAAAAAAAAAAAAAAAA